AUGGGGAUGACUGUCGAUUGGGACAAUCCGAUGGCGAAUUGCAAUCGAAAUCACACACCAUACACAAUUCUCAAAGACGGAUGGCUUUCAAUCGAUCCGGAGAGGAAAAGUCAAGUCGAUUAUUGUAGAGCAAGAACCUAUGAAUACAUUAAUCCGGAAAAAUCGCGACCUCGUUCAUGGUUUAACCUUGUCGAGAAGAUGCAAAUUGAUCAGGAUAUCGUGAAAACUGAGUGUUAUUCGAAGGAUGGAAAAAUCGUCGAUCAAUGGCUGCAUACACAGAUUUAUGAAGGGAAUCCAAGCACUGUUGAGGUGGACAAAUCACUUGGAAACGGGACAAAUUUCCGUCCCGAUAUCGUGAUGAUCGUUCUCGAUUCGGUUUCUUCGACACAAGCCAGACGCUCAUUACCGCGAACAUUGAGCUAUUUGGAGACACAAAUGGGCGGAAUGCACUUUCAUCAUUUGAAUAAAGUCGGCGAGAACACAAGCCCGAAUGCUUAUGCGAUGUUGUUAGGCUGGCGAAUCUAUUCGGCGAAUCGAAAAGCGGUGAACGCGAAAGAUCUCAGGCCGGAUCACGAUAAGAUUUGCUCGGGAUGGAGGGACAAAGAUCCGGUCAUAUUUCGAGAAUACGAGAAAAUCGGUAUCCCAAAAUUCUUGCUGCAUUGGAGUUGUGAGGCGUCUCAUGAUCUCCCCAAUCCUCUCUAUCACACCGAUCAGGAUUACUUGAAUUUCUUUCAAAAGAAUAAACCCAUUUUGGACAAUGCUUUUCUUUUUGUGAUGGGCGAUCACGGGCCACGAUUUGGGACGCCAUCAAAAGCCGAGUUGAAUAAACGAGAGAUCAACAAUCCACUCUUGCACAUUUCUCUACCAAAAUUUCUGCGAAAUCAUACACAACUAAUAAAGAAUCUGCAAGAGAACUCCAUUCGUUUACUGACACAAUUCGACGUUCAUGCGACUCUUGUUGAUCUUUUAAAGUUCGCUCCCGAGUCUAACUUCACUGAUUUCUCCGAAUUCGAUGUGAUGGAGGGAAAUGAAAACAAUGGCACAUCGAUAUUUCGGCCAUUUCCCGAGAAAUUCCAGAAAAGAACGUGCCAGACGAUUCCCGUAAAUGCAGCCUAUUGUUUGUGUGAAUACAAGAAAGAAAAUAUUGAUGACGCAAUGCUGAUUGAAAAGCUCUCAAAAGUGGCACUGGAAAAGUUGAAUGGAUAUUUGAGAGAAAAUGGAGUGAGCGGAUCGUGUGAAACGUUGACGUUGGACAAGAUAAAAUCCGUCAAGAGUUUCAUACCCGUCGAGAAAACGAACCUUUACGAGAUUCAUUUCAUCGUCAAAGAGAGCAAAGGGGAAUUCCGAGUGUUGCUAAAGAAAGAUUCGAAUGGCGUUUUCCAUCGCGAAGGUUUU